AUGACAGACUCAAUUGUCGCAACGACAUUUGAUUUUAAAAUCGACGACCAGAAAACAUUGCAGAUCGACGAUCAAAGAAUGCAAGAAGGAUUCAUUGUUCAGUUGGCCAUGUCGCACAAAAGCUUGCACAAGGAUAAAAACCAAGAGGCAAUUGAUUCAGGACGAAUAAUUGCACAGAGAUCGGUUGAAAUACUUGAAAACGACGAUGAGGAGAAUCUUCACAAUCGAAUCAAAAAAGUCGAACAUGUUUUAUAUCCAGAAAUAAUGCAUAGACUUGCCAGGAACUUUUGUAAAUCUAAAUCUCCUGCAGCUUUCCGCUAG